AUGGACGUAAAUCGCAUACAUCUAAAAGCUGAGAAAAAAUUACGAGAAGAAUAUAAUAUUCCAGAAAUAUUUAACCAAUCAUUAAAGAAAAAACUUGGGAUUGCUAAAGAAACCACCAGGAAUGUAGCAAUUGUGGUAGACUUUUUUGAUCUGUCCAAUUCUACGAUUGCAGAAGAUAUGAGAGUGAUAAUAGACCAGUAUUAUAAUCAUAACCUUAAUAAUAAAAAGCAUCAAUUGAGAGAAUUCAAGAAAGAAUUAGUGGAGCAUUUCAGUGCCUUUACAGGUGGACAACUGGUAUUUCUGGAGUUGAAACUUAUAAUUUAUGUGAAACAGGGGCAUGUCAUCACUUUUAGAUCAAAUAUUUUGGUCCAUGGGAAUCUUUCUGUUGUUGCUGAUAUAAAUAAUGCCGAAUCAUCAACCAGCUCCGGAAUGCAAAAAAAGUUCAAGCCAGACAUCGGGUGUUCUAAAUACUCUAAGUUGGGUUCGCGAUCACCAAAAGUGAGGAAUUCAAGACGAAGCCAUCUCGAUCUUCAGCCCGCAAGAAGAGGCUUACCAGCGCAGUAUAGGAAAUAA